UGUAGUUCUCCCUGGUCGAGUCAAUCGUUAAGGCAAGGGGGGUGUUUGCUUACCCAGCCCCAGGCUAUUAGGCUUAGUCUUACAGGUUUUGGCAAAGCGGAAACACUUCGGGACCCUGGGUGGAUUCUUUGUCUCAUCUCUCGGCUUCUGCUUUACAGGUCGCAAACAUGUCUGACAAAAGUGAAUUAAAGGCAGAGUUGGAACGUAAGAAGCAGCGGUUGGCUCAAAUAAGAGAGGAAAAGAAGAGGAAAGAAGAAGAAAGGAAAAAAAAAGAAACUGAUCAGAAGAAGGAAGCAGCUGCUCCUGUGCAAGAAGAAUCAGAUCUUGAAAAAAAAAGAAGAGAAGCUGAAGCAUUGCUUCAAAGCAUGGGGCUAACUCCAGAAUCCCCCAUUGUCCCUCCUCCUAUGUCUCCAUCCUCCAAAUCUGUGAGCACUCCAAGCGAAGCUGGAAGCCAAGACUCUGGAGAUGGCGCAGUGGGAUCUAGACGAGGACCUAUUAAACUUGGAAUGGCUAAAAUUACGCAAGUUGACUUUCCUCCUCGUGAAAUCGUCACAUAUACGAAGGAAACUCAGACUCCAGUUAUGGCUCAACCCAAAGAAGAUGAAGAGGAAGAAGAUGACGUAGUGACUCCUAAACCACCUAUUGAACCUGAGGAAGAGAAAACUUUAAAGAAAGAUGAAGAAAGUGAUAGUAAAGCCCCCCCGCACGAGCUGACUGAAGAAGAAAAGCAGCAAAUCUUGCACUCUGAGGAAUUUUUAAGUUUCUUCGACCAUUCUACAAGAAUUGUAGAAAGAGCUCUUUCUGAGCAGAUUAACAUCUUCUUUGACUACAGUGGAAGAGAUUUGGAAGACAAAGAAGGAGAGAUUCAAGCAGGUGCUAAACUGUCAUUAAAUCGACAAUUUUUUGAUGAACGUUGGUCAAAGCAUCGGGUUGUUAGUUGUUUGGAUUGGUCAUCUCAGUAUCCAGAGUUACUUGUGGCUUCCUAUAAUAACAACGAAGAUGCUCCUCACGAGCCUGAUGGUGUGGCCCUUGUAUGGAAUAUGAAAUACAAAAAAACUACUCCAGAGUAUGUGUUUCACUGCCAGUCAGCCGUUAUGUCUGCUACAUUUGCAAAAUUUCAUCCAAAUCUGGUUGUUGGUGGUACAUAUUCAGGCCAGAUUGUGCUGUGGGAUAACCGUAGCAAUAAAAGAACUCCAGUGCAAAGAACUCCACUGUCAGCUGCAGCACACACACAUCCUGUAUAUUGUGUAAAUGUUGUUGGAACACAGAACGCUCACAAUCUGAUUAGUAUCUCUACUGAUGGAAAAAUUUGUUCAUGGAGUCUGGACAUGCUUUCUCAUCCACAGGAUAGCAUGGAAUUGGUUCAUAAACAGUCAAAGGCAGUCGCUGUGACAUCUAUGUCCUUCCCUGUUGGAGAUGUCAACAACUUCGUUGUUGGGAGUGAAGAAGGUUCUGUGUACACAGCAUGCCGCCAUGGCAGCAAAGCUGGAAUCAGUGAGAUGUUCGAAGGGCAUCAAGGACCAAUUACUGGUAUUCAUUGUCAUGCAGCUGUUGGAGCAGUGGACUUCUCACAUCUUUUUGUCACUUCAUCAUUUGACUGGACAGUAAAACUUUGGACAACUAAGAAUAACAAGCCUUUGUACUCAUUUGAAGAUAACUCAGACUAUGUUUAUGAUGUUAUGUGGUCACCCACCCACCCAGCCCUGUUUGCCUGUGUGGAUGGCAUGGGUAGGCUGGAUUUGUGGAAUCUCAAUAAUGACACAGAGGUGCCAACUGCCAGCAUUUCUGUGGAAGGUAAUCCUGCUCUUAAUCGUGUAAGAUGGACCCAUUCUGGAAGAGAGAUUGCCGUGGGUGAUUCUGAAGGACAGAUUGUUAUAUAUGAUGUGGGAGAGCAGAUUGCUGUCCCCCGAAAUGAUGAAUGGGCACGGUUCGGCCGAACACUUGCAGAAAUUAACGCAAACCGAGCGGAUGCAGAGGAGGAAGCAGCUGCCCGAAUACCUGCUUAGCUCCUGAAAAGGGAAUAUGUAGCCGUAGUGGAUUUGGGGAAGACUCUUAAGUAGAUUCUAGAACUAUUUGCAUGCUUCUGUCUAAAUGAUAAUUAAAAGGAAAUUUCGUGGAUUAAACUGUGGAUUUAAUGCAGCAAGCAAA